AAACUGGACCGGAUGAAAAACUGAACUACUAAUCAGAUCAUGAUUUUGCAAAGAAACAACAUUAUGAAUAUUAACCCGAGCGCCAAUGCACAUCCACAUUCCCACCAGCCUGCUUGGACCACUCCCUAUUCCACAUGUGAAGGUUUCUUCACGGCUCAGUGGCACGACGUUCACCCGCAGUAUUGGAGCAAGUACCAGGUAUGGGAGUGGUUGCAGCAGUUCGUGGACACCAACCAGCUGGACGCCAGCUGCAUCCCGUUCCAGGAGUUUGACAUCACAGGAGAACGGCUCUGCAGUAUGACGUUACAGGACUUCACGCAAGCCACCGGGGAGGUCGGGCAUAUAUUGUACAACAGCAUCCAGAAUCUCAAGUGGCAUGGUAAUUAUGGGAGCCAAGUGCUGCAGUCUCUCAAUGUUGUCAUCAAGACAGAACAACCAGAUCCCAGUCCAGUUACUUCCUGGAAGGACAGCGGGUACCUGUAUGAAACCUGCUAUGACGAUGUAUACGAUAGUAAACUAUACUGCCGGAACAGUCUAUCGGUGACCCCUAAUCAGUACACUACAGGUUCAGCAUACGCAGAAUCCGAGGUGAAGAAAUCGCAGGACUAUCCUCAGAGAACCAGCACAAAGAAACACAACCCUCGUGGGACACAUCUUUGGGAGUUCAUUCGAGACAUUCUGCUCACACCAGAGAAGAACCCGGGACUUAUACGGUGGGAAGAUCGGUCGGAAGGAGUAUUUCGGUUCCUUAAAUCCGAGGCAGUAGCACAGCUCUGGGGGAAGAAGAAGAACAACAGCAGUAUGACAUAUGAGAAGCUCAGCCGUGCCAUGAGAUACUACUACAAAAGGGAGAUCCUAGAACGUGUGGAUGGAAGACGUCUGGUCUACAAGUUUGGGAAGAACGCUCGUGGCUGGAGGGAAAAUGACAGUUGAAUUGCCUCCAUGCAAAACUGGAACUAAUUUAUUUAUAUGGUGAACUAAGAAGACUUUAGAGGGAAUGCAGAAGACGUAAUGCCAAUGGAGCCAUUUCUCUCUUACUUGGGGAAUAGAAUGUGUACACAGUUUUUCUG